GCUUCCUCCUCUUCUUCUAUUCACUCAAUAAAGCAGGUACCGAGUAAAUUACUCAAAUUAACAAUGGAGCAGACCUUCAUCAUGAUCAAGCCUGAUGGUGUCCAAAGGGGACUGAUUGGUGAGAUCAUUGGCCGAUUUGAGAAGAAAGGCUUCACUCUGAAAGGUUUGAAGUUCAUCAAUGUUGACCGCCCCUUUGCUGAGAAGCACUAUGCUGACCUCUCUGCAAAGCCCUUCUUUUCUUCAUUGGUGGAUUACAUCAUUUCUGGACCUGUUGUUGCUAUGGUCUGGGAGGGAAAGAAUGUAGUGGCUACUGGCAGGAAGAUUAUUGGAGCUACCAACCCUGCUCAGUCUGAGCCUGGUACCAUCCGUGGUGAUUUUGCCAUUGACAUUGGCAGGAAUGUUAUUCAUGGAAGUGAUGCAGUUGAGAGUGCAAGGAAGGAAAUUGCUCUGUGGUUCCCAGAGGGCAUUACCGAGUGGCAGAAAACUGUUCAUCCUUGGAUCUACGAGUAAAUGAUUUGAGGAUAGGUGGCUAAUGUGCUAUUGGGCAGUUUUGACUGUGUUCGGUUUCUUUAGCUUAUUAUGUAUGGUUAAUUUCCUUGGCAGUGGAGUAUUAAACUUAGCAACGAUAAUUUGUACCCUUUUUAUUGGGGAUAUUUGUGGUGUUAUGAGUGCAUUUUUAAGAAGUGCCUGUGCCUUGGUUUCUUCCUGGUUCUCAAGUUAAAUUUUUCUUAAUUUUCAUAGGAAACGAGUCAGGGACUAAUGUCUUGUGCCCGUUUUUACUGCUCUUGAUUGAUGUCUGCUUUAGCUACCGCCUGUUGGGUUUGAUAAUGAUAUACUCCCUCCAUUCCAAAAUAAGUGUUAUCCUACACUUUGCAUAUAGUUUAAGAAACUUUUAAAU